AUGGAAACAGUCCCCACAGAUUUUGGCAAACGUGUGUACCAGGGAGUGAGGGUGAAGCACACAGUCAAGGAUCUUCUUGCUGAGAAACGCUCCAGGCAGAGCAGUGGCUCCCACUUCAGCGGCAGCAGCAGCACACCACAGUCAGCCUUUGUCCAAGUGCCAGGCUCCCCUCCCACAGGUUACUACGGAGUCAGGAGACCCUUCCCAGCUGAGCUGGAUUUCCACAGCACCAAGCAGUUUGUCAGUGAUGUCUACUCGUCCCCUCUGGGCUCCAAGCCCUUCUCCUGUGAUUCCUCUGCCUCUCAGGGCUACCCAGCCCUCCUGGACUCGUAUCUCACCGACCAGUGUGGGGAUUACCGUGCUCCCCCCCUCGCUCCUGCUGCCAGCUCCUUCUUCAGCCCUUCUGCUGUGCCCCCUCUGCUGCCAUCCUUCCCCGGGGACACGGGACACUUCCUACUAAGAGAGCCCUGGGAGCAGAGCCCACCCGACAGCCUGGGCCAGUCGGACGCUGCGUGCUCAGACCCUCUGCAAGCGCUGCCUCCCGCCUCCAGCUGCCUCUCCCCGCCUGAACCCGCAGGGGUUUCCCCAUUCCGGGGCUCGGGUUGGACCCCAGCCAUCCCUGGAGCCCAGCCCUACCCUCUGCACCCUCUGGAAGAUGCCCACUGCUCCCCCAGCUCGCCCUACACCUUCCCACCGUUCACAGGGACCGAGCCGCCCUCCAGGAUGAGCCACCUCUGCCCAGAGCAGCCCUCGGAGACCCCACACCUCCAGGAUAACCCUGCCUGGGCAAAAGAGGAUGGCAGUGCCCUCUGGGGGACUUAUGAAGGCCGGAGAACUUAUUGA